CUCUCGCUGUCUUCAGCACCUUCUUCUCUGUACCCUUUGUUGUUAUCCAGCUUCUUCCCUCCCUCCCAUCAUAUGUACUCCCUUCCCACCCAGUCUCUAUCACAUAUUAAUUCUCCUUCUCAUCCAUCUUCUCCUCAGCCUGCAGCCUUCCCGUCAUCCCCUUCUUUACUGCGAGACGUCGGCGAUGAGCAAAUGAUAUGGGAACCCAUAGAACCCAUAGUGCCUGAUACCAGUCAGAUGCAUUAUCUGGCUUUGGAUACCAACAUAUUGAUCAACUAUUUGAACACUGUUCGGACUCUACAUACCUUACUGUCGGCUUCUGUUGAUCGAUUAAGGCUAUUGAUACUUAUUCCUAUAAAAGUCAUUCAAGAGAUUGAUGGUCUCAAGCAUUCACAAAAACUACCGUACCCUGACUCACCCGUUGAUAUAGGCCGUCUUGCUAGACUUGCCAACACUUGGCUAUUGGAGACGAAUAGAAUAAAGAGAGAAGGUGGAUUGUCUGCGGUAAGAUGUCAAAGCUUGAAAGAGAGAUACGACCGUUCGAUGAUUGGCGGGAAAGGUGACGACGAUAUUCUGGACUGCUGUAUGUAUUUCGAUCAACAUGGAGCUAAGGUCGUGUUGUGGACAAAUGACAAAAAUCUUAGCCUGAAGGCUGAGGCCAAUAACAUCCAAACUUUGGGUGGUCAUCCAUCAUCUCUCAGUGCUCUCCUAAAAGUUUCUGGGGCAGACCUCCCCAGCGACUUAUGGGAUCAGGCUGCUGCACUAGAUGGUGACGCUCAAAAAUCGGCUGAAUCGCCAGAGACACAUAAAGACAAUUCCGACAUACAUAUGAAUGAUGCCGAUCACUUAGUCGAAUCUUGCCAUGAUUUUGAUAGUCUCUCAUCGCCAAUCUUUGACCAGUCAAACAGUGGCAAACCGAAAUACUUUGCCGAUCUCCCACCAAUAUUCUCUCAUGGUUCUCGUGAGAUCAACCAAGUGCAUACUCCGCCCCAAGCCGACACUGUUCAAAGACGCUACCCUCUUCUUUCCAACCCUGGACAGGAUGACGAUAUUGAAAUUGAUGAAGAGCCAUUAUCUCACUGCUCUGCCUUUUCAUCUCGGACAACUCACUCAGCUGCUUCAACCAGCCACGCAUCUUCGAUACACGCUGAACUCUCGUCGCACAGACGGUUUGCCCGUCACCCAUCAAGUCUGAUGCUGUCAUCUCUUCGCAUAUCGCUUCUGUCUCCAACACUUGCCCUCAUAUCUCACCCCUCUUACGCGCCACAUGUUUCAUCUUCUCCCCCGCCAUCAACCCUACCGUCAGUCUCUAUCCUAUCAACUCUACUUUCUUCCUUAACGUCCCUUGAUUCAUACCUCUCAUCACAAUCAUAUCCCAUUGAGCAUCCCUUGCGAUUGAGCUUAAUGCGAGGGACAAUUGCUGUCAAAACAAUUCAAAAGUACAUCGAGUACCAUGAAAACCCCCAAGCAAACGGCGGAACUAGGAGAAUCAAGACAAAUGAUAUGCUCGUGGCCGUGAAUAAUUUGAGAGAUACAUUGAAGGACCUGGAUGUGGAGAUGGGGAUGGACGUGCUCGACGAUUUCAAGGGAUAUGACUGAUUUUUUUGCAUGAUUAGCUACAUAGAUACGUACUCACAAGACAGGGCGGCCCGAAGGUAACAGUCAAGCAGGCAUAUUUGUUGGUCCAGCAAUCAUAUAUUGAUACAACCCGAGCCAACACAAAACAGAUGACGUGAUAAAUACCAUGCAUAUACACCAAAUACAAAACAGAAUGACAGACCAACAGUGAUCCGUCAUAUGGAUCCUUGACGAACUGAUUUUUUAGAAAUGUAAUAAUUAGAG